UCAUGCUGGAAGAUCUCUACAGACUCCCCUUUCUCGUCCUUGAGGUCCCCAAUUUACGCCUCAAAAGACCAUCAUGGUUCCAACAACCCAGCAGCAUCACAGUCUUUUCAUUUGUCCUCCUCUCAUAUUUUCUCGUGACCGGAGGUAUUAUCUAUGAUGUUAUUGUUGAACCACCAAGUGUAGGAUCAACAACAGAUGAGCACGGACACUCCCGACCAGUGGCAUUUAUGCCCUACAGAGUCAAUGGGCAGUAUAUCAUGGAGGGACUGGCCAGUAGCUUCCUCUUCACAAUUGGUGGUCUAGGAUUCAUAAUAAUGGACCAAACUCAUACUCCAGGGAAACAAAAACUCAACAGAAUCCUCCUGACAGCCAUGGGAUUCAUCUUUAUACUCGUAUCAUUCUUCACAACAUGGAUCUUUAUGAGAAUGAAACUCCCUGGAUAUCUACAACCCUAAACAACUAUUAAAGACUCAUUCGCAAUAUUCUGCAAAUUCGCAAGAUAAAAAUAUUCUCUCUGUGAAUAUGUUCAAAGAGGAAAACUGUGAAUUCCAGUCUAAUAAAAAGUGUAUCAAAGGAUAAAACAUGAAACAAUGUUUUUUAUCAACA